AUGUGGGCCAGCAGUGCUGGCAGGGACGCCGGCCGGGAGCGGCCGGGAGCGGCGGCCGGGCGUGCGCGCGCGGCUGGAGACUCGCUGGGGCUCCGCUCCCUGCGGGAGCUAUUGUUGGUCUCGCCGGAGCUGAGCGCGGAGCCGGGACCUGCUCCUUCCUGGGCGCUCGCCUGCUCGGGCACGCGGAGCCCCGUCGCCUAG